GCUCGAAGCGAAGUUCCAUCAUACGAUUUCGAUCGAGCGCCCCCGUUUGCCAUGAUGCAGCUACCUCUUGAGAGCGAAUGUACAACUCCUGACUUCGUGACGGAGCUUUUGUCUGAGAAUGACACCGUCCUCACCUUCGUAUGCUUUGUUCUUGGCUGGCUCGUUUGUCGGGCUGGCCUUCCCACUCGUGUCAAUGCAGCCGCUUGGCACAAGGGCUUGUUGGGGAAGCUCUCCGAGAAGGUUCACCUCGGCAAGUGUGCAGCGCCUGAGGAGGUGCUCAGACUUCCGGCGUCCGGGAGGUUCUCGGUCACCCCGCGGCGCAGCUCGAGCUGUGAAAAUCUUGGACGCCUGGGCUGAUUUGUUGCCCGGGCUUCGAGACGCAGGUCGGAGCUUUGCGCGAGGCCCCUUGCAGGCGAAGGUGACUGACUGGCGCAACUUGCGCUCGGCAGGA